AUCAUUUUCACACUCAAGCUACCAGUAACCAGAACUCCAGAAAAUCAUCAUGCUCUUUAACACCUUGACCCCUAUCUCUCGAGCUUCUUCCACGGGAUGCUGCUGCACGUCGUGCAAGUGCACGAGCUGCACAUGCGGGACCGCCCCUGUUAAUGAGGCAGGAUGCGGAAGCACAACCUGCAACUGCACCAACUGCGCGUGCAAGCCUGAGGAAUGCAAGUGUUAAGCGGACAGAGUACAACCGCUCGAAGCAGCAGCCUGAGGGAUUUGAUAAACGAACUUGCAUCCCAGGAAUCCGUCGAAUUUUUGUAGUAGUACAUUCCACUAUCAUCAUUGUAUCGAAACAUGACAUAUAUGUUGGCUUGGUAACAAUUAUCUUCAACCCGGGUUACUUCACAAUCGGCCUGGGCGAGAGCCGAUGA